AUGUCUGAAAUUGUUGAAUCAGUUGAAUCAGUAACUUCAUCGAUCUUGAAUGUUGUUCAACCAUCAUCCAUCCAUACCAAUGCUUUAAAAUAUUUAAAUAUUUUAAAUGGUUAUACUCCAAAUUUUAUUAAUUUUGAAAUUCCAAAUGUUGAAACUCCAUUUGGUUUAAAAUUAUGGCCAAUUUUUAAUGAAUUUGCCACAUUGAUUACAGGUGGUAAAUUCAUUCCAAAUGAAUUUCAAUAUAUUGAAGGAGAAACUUUUUUAAGUACAAAUAAAGAAGUCUUCAUUGGUAUUAUUACUUAUUAUUUUAUAAUUACAAUUGGUCAAUUAAUUUUUAAAAAAUUACAACCAUUAAAAUUACAAUUAUUAUUUUCAAUUCAUAAUUUCUUUUUAACUUCAGCUUCAUUAACUUUAUUAGUUUUAUUAUUUGAACAAAUUUUACCAAUCUUGGUUAAUCAUGGUUUAUUAUAUGCAAUUUGUUCACCAAAUACUUGGUCCCAAAAAUUAGUUACAAUUUAUUAUUUAAAUUAUUUAACUAAAUUUGUUGAAUUUGUUGAUACUUAUUUCCUUGUUGUUAAGAAGAAAAAAAUCAUUUUCUUACAUAGUUAUCAUCAUGGUGCAACUGCAUUAUUAUGUUUUAUUCAAUUAGGUGGUGCUACAUCAGUUUCAUGGAUUCCAAUUUUAUUAAACUUAGGAGUUCAUGUUGUUAUGUAUUGGUAUUAUUUCUUAGCAUCAAGAGGUAUUAGAGUUUGGUGGAAAAAAUGGAUUACAACUUUCCAAAUUUUACAAUUUGUAUUGGAUUUAUGUGCAGUUUAUUUUUCAACUUAUACAUUUUAUGCAAAUAAAUAUAGUACAGAAUUAGGUAUUAAUAUUCCAAAUAUGGGUACUUGUUAUGGUACACCAUUUGCUGCUGGUACUGGUUGUGCUAUCUUGUCAUCUUAUUUAGUUUUAUUUAUUGGAUUUUAUAUUAAAACUUAUAAAAUUGAUAAACCAAAAACAAAGACAAAUUGA